AUGGGGAAAGGCGGGGGAGCGACGGUCAGCGUGCAGAACCUGGGCUGGGAGGACCUCGCCGAGGCCGCGGAGAAGGCCGGCAAGCCGUCCGUGGUCGUGGAUCUCAUCCGGGAGAACGAGCUCGACGCGGCGACGGCGCUCCUGCUCGAAGAGGCGGACGUGGACGAAGUCGCGCCGAAGCGGCUCGACAAGCUGAAGGUGGUCUCGGCCCUCGGGCACCUACGCGCGCGCGCCGACGAGAUCCUCGACGACAGCUUCCGCGAUCGCACGCGGGUCUACGUCGAGCCGCCGGAACUCGCGGCCGUGACCGCGGAUGCGCCGCGCCUCGACGGCGAGAAGGUGGCGCGAGAUCGACGGACGGUCGGCGAAGGCCGCUUCGGCACCGUGGUCAGCGCAGCGACCUGGCAGCGGUCGCGCCGCGAAGAGAUGCGCGUCGCGCUUAAACGGCCGAAGGCGCGGGGCGACGCGGACGCGCGCGCGCGCGUGGCGCCUGCGGACCUCUUCGCGCUGCGCGAGCUGCCGAAUCCCAACGUCGUGGAGAUGUACGGCGUAGCGUCGGUCGACGGCGAGCUCAACGUCGUCAUGGAGCUGGCGAAGGCGUCGCUGGCAGCGGGCAUUCGCGACGGUCUCGGCAGAAACCGCCUCGACGCGGUCCGCGCGGCCCGCGACGUGGCGCUGGGCCUCGACUUCCUUCACCAGCACGGUAUCUCACACCUCGGUCUCCACCCCGAGAACGUGCUCCUGGCGGACCGGUCGACGGUUCACUGCAAGCUCUCGGAUUUCGGGGGCGGCGUCGCGGCCGCCACCCAGCGCGCGGCCGCGGGCUCUCGCUACGCGGCGCCGGAGCUGCUGCGCGACGAAGCCGACGUCCAGCCCACAAAAUGUGAUGCGUGGUCCUACGGAAGCGUGCUCCUUGAGCUCCUCUCUGGGAAGGCCCCCUGGGACGAGCUCGCGCCCAAAGAGCUGGUCGCCCGAGCCGCAAGCGGCGUGCCGCCGCCGCCGCCGCCCCUCCCCGACGCGGCCAGCGUCGCCGCGCCGGAGCUCCUGGAUCUGGCGAGCCGCUGCUUGACCGUCGACCCGGCCCCUCGGCCGCAGUUCAACAGCAGCGAAAAUGUCGAGGCGCACCUCGACCACUGGCUGCUGAAGGCAGCCGUCGCCGCGCCAUCCACGGCGCCCCGCGACGACAGAGCACUCGACAGGGCGGCGCGGGCGGAGGCCGAGCUCGCCAAGGUCCACAAGCUCCUCGCCGAAGAACAGCGGAAGGACUCCGACGCGUAUGCGAGGGCUUGGGACGACUGCGUCCGCGGUGCCGAACGCGAGGCGAUCGACGAACUCAAGAUGGCGAGCGCCGAGCUCGAAGAGACGUUCGCGCCCCCUGACGGGAUCGUGAGGCAGCCCGUGGCCAUUGCUAGUGCGGAGGAGCUGCUCGCACGCGCGGGAGAUGCGAGCGACGCCUUCCACGCGACGCUGCGGCCGAUCGUCGAGGAGGCCGGCGGCACGUACAAGAAAGGGCCCCUGAAACUAGAGGAUCGGAUUCGCGCCAAGGCGAACGACGACUAUGACGACGACGUGGCACGGGUCGUGGACGUGGUGCGGGCGACGGGCGUGUUCGACGACCUCGUGAGCUGCGGGCAAGCCCUCGCUCAGCUUCUUGCGCUCGGUAGGAGCGGCGAUCUCUUGAUCCGCCGCGCCAAGGAUCGCAUCAAUAGGCCGGUCGAGAACUCGGGCUAUCGCGACGUGCUCGUGAACGUGGAGAUCGCCGGCUUCGUGGGCGAGCUGCAACUGUCGCUCGCGCGGCUCCUCGAGGUGAAGGGCUCGGCGCACCGGAUUUACAAUUUGACGAGGGCCCUCGGCGGCAACGCAGGGCUUCUCGAAGCGCUCGACGACGGGUCUCGGAUCGAAAAUGAUGAUGAGGACGCGCGCCGCGCCGCCGCGACGAAAGCCGCUCGCGAGGAAGAGGAGGAGGAGGCACGGCGGCAGCGCGAGGAAGAGGUGCGGCGCGCUGCCAAAGGCGCGGAGGUCGACCGGGCGGACAAGGACGGAUGGACGCCGCUGUACAACGCCUGCAAGAACGGCCACGUCGACGCGGCGCGGCUAUUGCUGGACAACGGCGCAGCGGUCGAUCGGGCGGUGUCAGAGGGAUGGCAGAAAGGCAGGACGCCGCUGUACGCCGCCUGCGAGAAGGGCCACGUCGACGCAGCGCGGCUGCUGCUGGACAACGGCGCGAAGGUCGGCCGGGCGACGAAGGACGGCCGGACGCCACUGUAUGCCGCCUGCCAGAACGGCCAUGUCGACGCGGCGCGGCUUUUGCUAGAUAACGGCGCGAAGGUCGACCGGGCGGAUGAGGACAGAUUGACGCCGCUGCUCGUCGCCUGCGACAACGGCCACGUCGACGCGGCGCGGCUGUUGUUAGAUAAAGGCGCGGACGUCAAUCGGGCGGACAAGUACGGUCAGACGCCGCUGUUUGUCGCCUGCGCUGAGGGCCACGUCGACGCGGCGCGGCUGUUGCUGGACAAAGGCGCGGAGGUCGAUCGGGCGACGGAGAAUGGUGUUACGCCGCUAUGGACCGCCUGUGCGAACGGCCUCGUCGACGCGGCGCGGCUGCUGCUGGACAAAGGCGCGGAGGUCGAUCGGGCGACGAAGGACGGCGCGACGCCGCUGUACGCCGCCUGCGAGAACGGCCACGUCGACGCGGCGCGGCUGCUGCUAGAUAACGGCGCGAAGGUCGACCGGGCGGACAAGGACGGCCAGACGCCGCUGUACGUCGCCUGCAGGUACGGCCACGUCGACGCGGCGCGGCUGCUGCUAGAUAACGGCGCGAAGGUCGACCGGGCGGACAAGGACGGCCAGACGCCGCUGUACGUCGCCUGUGAGAACGGCCGUGUCGACGCAGCGCGGCUGUUGUUAGAUAAAGGAGCCGAGGUCGACCGGGCGGACAAGGACGGUGAGACGCCGCUGUACAUCGCCUGUGAGAACGGCCGUGUCGACGCGGCGCGGCUGCUGCUGGAGAAAGGCGCGGAGGUCGACCGGGCGACGAAGGACGGCGCGACGCCACUGUACGUCGCCUUAGAGGAGGGCACCGAGGUGGUGCAGCUUCUCUUGGACAACGUGACUGACGUAAGCUGUUCGCUGGCCUUCGCAGAGAAAAAGGACGAUUCGGCCAUCAUCGAUCUGCUCGAGGGGCAUUUGGAUAAACCGCUACACGUUGCAGCCAAGGCGGGCAACCUCGACGAAAUCAAGAGGCUCCUGGAGGGCGACGUCAGGCUUUGCGAUUCCCGAACUGCUCUGCGCGUCGCAUCUAUGGCGGGAGACACCGACACGAUCAAUUUAUUGCUAAAACGCGGCGCCAAGGUGAAUCGGGCGGCAAGGGACGGCAAGACGGCACUGCACGCAGCGUGCCAAAACGGCCAGAUCGACGCGGUGCGGCUGUUGCUAGGCAAAGGCGCCAAGGUCGACCGAGUGGACAAGGAGAAGACAACACCACUGCACGUAGCGUGCGAGCUCGGUCAUGCCGAGGUGGCCCGCCUGUUGUUGGAAAAAGGCGCCAAACCGGACAAAAAGAAUGGAAAGGGCUUGACGCCGGCGGCCAUCGCAAAAAGCAACCAGGCUGUCUCAGGGGUCCUACGUCGGUAUGCCAAGUGA